GGGACUGAUUUGUCAAGACUGAAAACCAACACUUUUCAAUUCAGCACUAAUAGUAAAGCUUUGGGCUCUUAAUCUCUUCAUUGCUGAAGCGGUGGAGAUCGAGUGGUGGAUGAUGGAUGAGAGAAAGAAGCACUUUGUGCUGGUUCACGGAGCUUGCCACGGCGCGUGGUGCUGGUACAAGGUGGCGGCGCUGCUUAGAGCGGAGGGCCACAAAGUUAGCGCCCUUGACAUGGCCGCCUCGGGAAUUCAUCCCAAACGCGCGGAGGAAGUGCGUUCCAUGGCGGAAUACAACCAACCCUUGAUGGAAUUCAUGGCUGCGUUGCCGGCGGAUGAGAAGGUGGUUCUCGUAGGCCAUAGCAAAGGUGGGAUCAACAUUUCACUUGCCAUGGAGGCUUUUCCUCACAACAUAUCUGUUGCGGUGUUUGUUGCUGCUUUCAUGUAUGGCCCUCAUCUAAGCCAUCAUGCCGUCAAACAAGAGUUCAAUCGACAACUGGAAUCUUACAUGGACACAAAAAUCGAGUACAAAGAGGGAGAAGAAAAGGAACGCCACCCGGUCUCCAUCCUCUUUGGUCAUGAGAUGCUACAAAAGAUGUUGUAUCAGCUCUCUCCACCAGAGGUUAGUGAUCUGACUGAGUUCUUUAGCUGAAACUGAAUGAGAUAAACCUACUCAGUAUUAAUUACAAUUUUAGAAUGCUCUGUCAUUACAAAGUCAAGUCUGGUUAAUUUCGCUA